GGCCCCAGAGGGCGGAGGAGGGUGGCACGGGGCGCCGGAGGCAGAGGGACUGCAGAGACCUCCCGGCUGCUAGUCUGCGUGCCUCCCGGCCCUGCCUUCCGCCCCUCGGGGCAGUUUGGCCCCGCCCCGGGCUCCACCCGGCCGGGGGGACACUGUGGGGUGGGGAGGAGGGGCCGCGGUGAUCGUGAUUAUCUUUCCCCCUCCCCUAGACCCCUCUAGCCCCUUCUCUACAUCCACCGCGAGGCAGUGUCCCCCGACCCCAUCACAACUGCUACAGUUCCUCCGCGGACGAGGGGCCGACCCUGCGCAUUCGCUGGGCGUGGGGAUGGGGAUUUACAGGAUCGGACGCCAGGAUUUGGGAGACUGGCCUGUGGUUUAGACGGGAGUAGGGUAUGGGUGAUGGGGUGUCAGGGGAAAGAAGAGCUGUUAUUUAUAUGGAGGACUCCUGGCCGACGCAGAGUUCAGCGACCUCCCCGAUGACGGGCGCGCGUCCUCAUCCCUGUCUUUUCUGGGUCCCGCCCCUUGCAGCCGCGGUGCGCAGCGGAGCCAUGGCCGUGCCCUUCGUGGAAGACUGGGACUUGGUGCAGACGCUGGGGGAAGGUGCCUACGGAGAGGUUCAGCUUGCUGUGAAUAGAAGAACUGAAGAAGCAGUUGCAGUGAAGAUAGUAGACAUGAAGCGUGCUGUAGACUGUCCAGACAAUAUUAAGAAAGAGAUCUGUAUCAAUAAAAUGUUAAAUCAUGAGAAUGUAGUGAAAUUCUAUGGUCACAGGAGAGAAGGCAAUAUCCAAUAUCUAUUUCUGGAGUAUUGCAGUGGAGGAGAACUUUUUGAUCGAAUCGAGCCAGACAUAGGCAUGCCUGAACAAGAUGCUCAGAGGUUCUUCCAUCAACUCAUGGCAGGGGUGACUUAUCUGCAUGAUAUUGGAAUAACUCACAGGGAUAUUAAGCCAGAAAAUCUCCUAUUGGAUGAAAGGGAUAACCUCAAAAUCUCUGACUUCGGCCUGGCAACAGUGUUUCGGCAUAAUAACCGUGAGCGUUUAUUGAACAAGAUGUGUGGUACUUUACCUUAUGUUGCUCCAGAACUUCUAAAGAGAAAAGAAUUUCAUGCAGAACCAGUUGAUGUUUGGUCCUGUGGAAUAGUACUUACUGCAAUGUUGGCUGGGGAAUUGCCAUGGGACCAGCCCAGUGACAGUUGUCAGGAAUAUGCUGAUUGGAAAGAAAAAAAAACAUACCUCAACCCUUGGAAAAAAAUCGAUUCUGCUCCUCUAGCUCUGCUGCACAAAAUCCUAGUCGAGAAUCCAUCAGUAAGGAUUACCAUCCCAGACAUCAAAAAAGAUAGAUGGUACAACAAACUACUCAAGAAAGGAGCAAAGAGGCCCCGAGUCACUUCGGGUGGUGUAUCAGAGUCUCCUGGUGGAUUCUCUAAACACAUUCAAUCCAAUUUGGAUAUCUCUCUAGUAAACAGUGCUUCCAGUGAAGAAAAUGUGAAGUACUCCAGUUCCCAGCCAGAACCACGGACCGGUCUUUCCUUGUGGGACACCAGCCCGUUAUACAUUGAUAAACUGGUACAAGGGAUCAGUUUCUCCCAGCCCACAUGUCCGGAUCAUAUGCUUCUGAAUAGUCAGUUACUUGGCACCCCGGGAUCCUCACAGAACCCCUGGCAGCGCUUGGUCAAAAGAAUGACACGAUUUUUUACCAAAUUGGAUGCAGACAAAUCUUACCAAUGCCUAAAAGAGACUUGUGAGAAAUUGGGCUAUCAAUGGAAGAAGAGUUGUAUGAAUCAGGUUACUGUAUCAACAACUGAUAGAAGAAACAAUAAGCUGAUUUUCAAAGUGAAUUUGGUAGAAAUGGAUGAGAAGAUCUUGGUUGACUUCCGGCUUUCUAAGGGUGAUGGAUUGGAAUUCAAGAGACACUUCCUGAAGAUUAAAGGCAAGCUGAGUGAUGUUGUGAGCAGCCAGAAGGUUUGGCUUCCUGCCACCUGAUAGAGCCACCGGCUUUGGGAUUCCUGGUGAAUAUAGUGCUGCUAUGUUGACAUUAUUCUUCCUAGAGAAGAUUACCCUAAUCUGCAAACAAUAGUCCCUGAAGAGUUGUCUUCCUCCUAGUCAACCAUUUCCCAAUUAUUUUGUAUUUUCUGCAUAAAAAUGAUACCUAUAUUUUAAUUGUAAAUAAGACUUUGGGGAAGGGAUAGAUAGAAUUCAUUAGAUACUU